GGACGUUGAGAGAGUGUCUUUCUGAGGACUCCUAUUUUCCCCAUGAAGUAGCAGACAUAACCAUGUGUGGUGGCUAAUUUUAUGUGUCAAGUUGAUUAGGCUUUGGUGCUUGAUGGCUUGGUCAAAUUCUAGUGAAGACAUUGAUGUGAAGAUAUUUUGUAGAUGUGAUCAACAUAAUCAGUAGACAUGGACUUGAAAGGGCGGGCCUACGCCGGCCGACUCCAUCUUGUUCUGUGUCCUUCACCUUGACCACACCUCCUCCCCUUGAGUAACCCCUCCCCCCCACCUGCCUAACAGGACUCGGACCUUUCCCCAGCCAAUCGGCUGAGGCCAUAGCCAUUACCUCACCAACUGCCCCUAGGCCCCAAUAAAACCUUUGUCCUUUUGAAACUCGCUCUCUCUCCCUGGUAUCUCACCGCUGCGUUGGUGCAGGUAGGGGAUUGAGCUCGAGCUAGCUCGAAUAAAGGCUCUUUUGCUUUUGCAUCGGACUCGGCUCCCUGGUGGUCUUUGGGGAUCACGAAUUCUGGGCAUAAUAAUAUAUGGUUCUUUUUCCUUUCAUUUGAAAAUGUCACAAAUGGCUGAUUUCUGAAACAGUCCCCAGCAAUCAUAACGUUGCCUAACUUGGAUCAUCUACACUCAUCCAACUGAAGUUCGAGUCACUGCAAGAAGCUUCUAUUUUCUUCCAACCACGUCAAGAAGUUUUCUCCUGGCUCUUCUAACACGUAUGAAAACGAGUGUGAAUGUCAGCUGCUCCUAAAAGAAAUGCUGGAACGGCUUAACAAGGAAGCUGAUGAAGCCUUACUGCAUAACCUGCGCCUUCAGAUCGAAGCCCAGUUUCUGCAGGACGAUAUCAGUGCAGCAAAGGACAGGUACAAAAAGAAUCUUCUGGAAAUUCAGACCUAUGUCACCAUCCUGCAGCAGAUUGUCCAGACCACCCCUCAAGCAUCUGCCAUUACAAGUGGGAUGAGGGAGGAGAAGCUCCUGACGGAACGAGAAGCCGCUGUCCUGCAGAGCCAGCUGGAGGAGGGCCGGGAGGUAGUGUCCCUUCUGCAGGCACAGAGAGCCGAGCUGCAGGCCCAGACAGCGGCCCUGGAACAGGCUAUUAAAGAUGCCCACGAGUGUUACGAUGACGAGAUUCAGCUCUAUAACGAGCAGAUCGAAAGCCUGCGGAAGGAGAUUGAGGAGACUGAGAGGAGCCUGGAGAGGUCUUCCUAUGACUGCCGGCAGCUGGUGGUCGCCCAGCAGACCCUGAAGAACGAGCUGGAGCGGUACCACCGGAUCAUUGAGAACGAAGGCAACAGGCUGAGCUCUGCCUUCAUUGAAACUCCUGUCACCCUGUUCACCCCAAGCCAUGGAACCUUUCUCAGCUCUCGGCUUGGUGGGAAAGAUCUCACUAGGGCUGUGCAGGAUAUAACAACAGCAAAACCAAGACAGAAAGGUCUCCCCAAGAACAUUCCAAGGAAAAAGGAGAUUAUAGCUAAAGACAAAGCUGAUGAGAGUCUGGAAGACAUACCACUGAAAGGUCCAGAAGACACAAAGCUGGUGCAGGUGGUACCCAAAGAAGAAGGUGAGUCUAAGCUUGAAUCAGGAGCCGAAGAAGCCAGUCUCCCAACCCCAGAAGGGGCUCCAGAAGACGUGCCAGAUGGAGGGCAGAUAAGCAAAGCCUUUGGGAAACUGUUCAAGAAGGUCAAAGACAAAGUGAAAAGCCCCAAAGAACCCGAGCCUCCGGCUGACCUCUACACCAAAGGGCGGUACGUGCUGGUUUCUGGGGAUGCCAGUUAUGUGGACCCUGGGUUCUGUUCCUUCUCCAUCCCAGCCAAAGGCGGAGUGGUUAUUUCCAUUGAGGAUGACUCUGUACAUCGCGACAGCGCUGUGGAGCCUUCUCCUGAGCCGCCCGGGCCCCCUGUGGAGAAUGGACAGGGGGACCUUCAGGAGAAGGAAGGCGGAAAGGCACCUAACCAGCAUACUGCCGACAAGGAGAAUGAGAUUAGUGCCGAAGAACCGAAAGGGCCUGGGGAGAAACAUGAUGACCAGAAGGAAGAGAAGGAAGAGGAGGAGGAGGAGGAGGAGGAGUCCAAGGGGCCCUGUCCCGUGAUCACACCUGGUCCAGAGGGACCAUCUACACCCCAGUCGCAAAGGCCUGGGGUCGGUCAGGGUGGAUCUGGGGGGCACACGGCUAGGAGCAGUGAUGCACAGGAGAGAAGUCCGCCCAGGACUUUGGCAUAUGAGAAGGUGGAAGUGAUGGAAUCCAUUGAGAAGUUUUCCACGGAGAGCAUCCAGACGUAUGAAGAAACGGCUGUCAUCGUGGAGACCAUGAUUGGGAAGACGAAGGCAAACAAGAAGAAAUCGGGAGAGAAGAGCUCUUAAGAUGCCCGGGGUCAGUGGGAAACAAUGUCUUUGGGGCCACUGUAGGGGAAGUGCCUUGAUAUUUUAGAACAGAUGACAAAAGAGUGAAGGUUCCUUGUUUGGAUUAGACCAUAGUUGGCCCUUCUGACGUUGCCAAUGAAGCCUUAAUUAAAAAGUUUUCUUUG